CCAAGUUUUUUUCAAAUCCUCUGCCCUUUCCCAAACGCUUAGUAUUGAAGGUUUUCCAGAUGGAUGUGUGAAACAAAUCCAUCUGGCGUGUCAGGUUAACAGAUGGUGUCUUUUUGCAAAACUUGCACAGGUUUAGAGGGCGCAAAAUUUGCGCAACCCUUUUGUGACUCAGAAUGAAUUUGCUAUUUACAUUUUCUAUUAUCACAGAAUUUCAGAAAACAUACUUGAAGUAAAACAGAACUACUAUUCACAGUAUUUCCAAACAAUUGUAUUAUUUUAGCAAAGAAAUGAUGGCAGAUGACGAAUAUUUCCUCCUUCUUCGACACUUUUAUGUUCAUAGUGACGACACCUCUGAUCCAGGGUCAGCCAAGUUUACAGUAAAGAAGGUGACUUGCUCUGCUCCUGAAAAUGACGCUGAUGAGUUUUGCGGAUCCACGUUUAGUAUUUCAGCUCUAUAAAUACUCCCCUCUUGGCCUCCUUUCCUACACUGACACACACUGGCAUACACAAACGUCCAUAAAAACACACUCAGCUCUCCGGCAGGCCUCAAAUAUCACAUCGACCGUCACCGAGUCGAAGACUGAGCCUUUGAACACUGCUGCAGUGAUGAGCAUAGAGAUUUCUGAUCUGAUCACACAAAGAGAAGUUGGAGAGAUUUCGGAGAGAUGAUUGUGUUUUUAAAGACUCUGCCAAGUGACAGCUGCUGUGUACAAGUCCUGAAGGUUGUUUAAACGUCAACGACGGAAAAUCUACCCCCCCCUCCUCUGCCUCCUCCUCUUCUUCCUCCCCUGUUCUGCCAGCCUCUUUUUCCUCUGGAGGAAAAAGGGCCAAUCGGCUUUUUGCUGCCGUGGAGGAAAGGUGGUUGACACCGAGGCGCUGAGACAAAUCAGACAGCAUUAAAACGAGGCUUCCCUGGAGGAUUUGGUGGGAUACUUGCAACGCAGCCAGAGAGUAAAACCCUGCAGCCAUGUCGCCUUUUCUGCGGAUUGGGUUCUCCAACUUUGAGAUGGACCCUGGGCUGGCGUACCAUGAAGAGGUGCUGAACCCGUACUGUGCUGUUUACAUGAAGGAGGCCAUCGAUACAGAAAAAGGUCAAGUCUACAAGCAAAAGAAGCCGACCAUGUACCCGCCGUGGAGCACAACAUUCGAUGCCCACGUCCACCGGGGCCGAAUCAUGCACGUGAUGGUGAAGGACCGGACAGCCGAGCUGAAAUCUGAGGCCACGGUGGCUCUUGACUCACUCGCAACACGGUGCAAGAAGGAGAACGGCAAACUGGAGAUCUGGCUGGAGCUGAAGCCACAGGGCCGUCUGCGGAUGGAGGCUCGAUACUAUCUGGAGAAAAGUGAUGCUGCAGGUCAGAAUGAAGGAGACCAGGAGUCUGAGCGAGAGAGAGAGGGUCUGUUCGCCCUCCAUCAGCGGCGAGGAGCCAUAAAACAGGCCAAAAUCCACCUUGUUAAAUGUCACGAGUUCAGCGCCACAUUCUUCCCUCAACCGACCUUCUGCUCCGUCUGCAAAGAGUUUGUCUGGGGUCUCAACAAGCAGGGCUACCAGUGCAGACAGUGCAACGCAGCUAUUCACAAAAAAUGCAUUGAUAAAGUCAUUGCCAAAUGCACCGGUUCAGCCAUCAACAGCAAAGAAACAAUGAUCCACAAGGAGCGUUUCAAGAUCGACAUGCCGCACCGGUUUAAAGUCUACAACUACAAAAGCCCGACUUUCUGCGAACACUGUGGUACUCUGCUGUGGGGGCUCGCCAAGCAGGGGCUCAAAUGUGAGGAAUGCGGCAUGAAUGUGCAUCACAAAUGUGAGAAGAAAGUAGCAAAUCUAUGCGGGGUGAACCAGAAACUCAUGGCUGAAGCUCUGGCCAUCAUCGAGAGCAAACAGCAGGCCAGAAGCACCAAAGAAUCAGACAUCAUCAGUCGAGAAGGUCCAGUAACUGUCAGUCAGCCGGGAGUGGUCCGAUCUCCGUCUGGGGUCGUACCGAGUGUUCCAGCCACAGUUCCCCCCGUGAAUAGAGCAGAGACGCAGGGUGUCUCUUGGGACGGACCAGCAGACGUCAGUAGGCCGAUAGCCGAGGAAAUACCUGAUGAAGAACCGCUGUAUGCAGUUCCAAGGAAGGACCAACCGAAAUUCAAUGUUGAUGACUUCAUCCUUCACAAGAUGCUUGGGAAAGGCAGCUUUGGGAAGGUGUUUUUAGCAGAGCUGAAAAAGAGCGGACAGUUUUUUGCAGUGAAGGCUCUAAAAAAGGAUGUGGUGCUGAUGGACGAUGACGUGGAGUGCACCAUGGUGGAGAGGAGGGUCUUGUCGUUAGCGUGGGAGAACCCUUUCCUCACACACCUUUACUGCACCUUUCAGACCAAGGAGAAUCUUUUCUUCGUGAUGGAGUAUCUGAACGGAGGAGAUCUCAUGUUCCACAUCCAGAACUGCCACAAGUUUGACCUGCACAGAGCCACUUUCUACGCAGCAGAGAUCAUCUGUGGGCUUCAGUUCCUGCACUCUAAAGGAAUCAUUUACAGGGAUCUGAAACUUGAUAAUGUUCUGUUGGACUCUGAGGGUCACAUAAAGAUAGCGGACUUUGGCAUGUGUAAGGAGAACAUGCAGGACGAGUCUCGGACAUGUACCUUCUGUGGGACGCCGGACUACAUCGCUCCUGAGAUCCUGCUGGGUCAGAAGUAUAACAGCUCUGUGGACUGGUGGUCGUUUGGAGUUCUGCUCUACGAGAUGCUGAUUGGUCAGUCUCCGUUCCACGGCCGUGAUGAAGAGGAGCUGUUUCAGUCGAUACGAACAGACAAUCCUGUUUACCCUCGCUGGCUGACCAAAGAUGCCAGAGACAUUCUGGUCAAGCUGUUUGUCAGAGAGCCUGAGGAGCGUCUGGGUAUGAAAGGAAACAUCAGACAGCACAGUUUCUUCAGCAGCACUGACUGGAAUGCCCUGGAACAACGGCAGGUGGCGCCACCGUUCAAGCCAACCUUAUCGUCACCCAGUGACUGCAGCAACUUCGACAAAGAGUUCAUCAACGAGAAGCCUCGACUGUCAUGCGCCGAUCGGACGCUCAUCAACAGCGUGGACCAGACGAUGUUCAGAAACUUCUCCUUCGUUAACCCGGGGAUGAACCGCAUCGCAGCCCAAUGAUCACCAUACCGACAACCUACUACCUACAAACAAGUCACAACCAGCACUUCAUAACUGCAACUACCACAAACUACAGUUUCCACACUGUUAAUGUCCAAAACUCAACUGUAUCAAUAAUGACGACUGCUUUGAAGGACCUUUGAGUGAAGAAACUUCAACUAAACAUUUUGGCUCAAACAAACAGCAGAAAAAAAGUAAGAUAUUAUGAUGCCCCCCCCCAUAAAUUGUCAAACGUGUAAAUUUUUAUCACACUGUUGAUUAUAAAUGCAAAGAUACCAAUUCUUUAAAAUUAAAAUGGCAUAUUGUUAAUUUCCUCUAAAAUCACAUAACCCAACGCCCUUGUAUUUGAGCUAUUAGGGUGUUUUUAUCCAUAGAUUAAAAGUUGUAAAUUGCCUCAAAAUAGAGUAUGAAAUUCAAAGUGAAACUCAUGCGGUAACUUUGUUAUUGUUCUCUUUUCUUAUUCCAUAGCUCCACAUUGGUUGGGUGAACAAGUAUUUUAAAAACUGUUUAUUGUGUACAUAAGUGUAAUCUAUUUCUGUUGAUAUUCAGUAUUGGAUGUAUUGUAGAUCUCUUCAUGUGUUGGAAACAGGGUUUUUGUUUACAUGUGUUCUGUUAUUGUACCUCAGGAGUUUUAGUUUGGAUUGGGUGCUUAGAGAUCCCUGUGUACUGUAGAUUUUAUUGUUCUUUUUCUUGUGAAUCCUGUACAAUAAAUUGUGUUUUUGUAACAUCUGUCUGUUUAAUACAAAGUGGAUAUGAUGGGACUUCUCGCAGACAUCUAAAGUGCAGUCUGCAGGAAAAGAGUAGCCAGUCAUGCUUUGAGGCACAUAAGAGGUAUUCUUCCCCCAGGAA